GAAAAAACAACCAAAAAACUCCUCCCCAGAGUUCCCAUUAUACUUCCUUAAAAUCCUGCCAAUAUAAACGUGCACACUGAGCUACUUUAGCAACAAAGACACAGAACUUCAGACUCAGAAUACUUCCUGAAACCUUUCAAACUUCUGGGCUUGAGGAUGUUGUCAUAUGCGUGUGUGCUGCUGAUGGCUAUCUCAGCGUUGGGCCACAUGGAUGAAACCUCUCUGGAAACCCAGUGGGAGCAAUGGAAGAUUACACAUCGGAGAGAGUACAAUGGUUUGGAUGAAGAGGGGAUCCGCAGAGCCAUCUGGGAGAAGAAUAUGCGAAUGAUUGAGGCUCACAACCAGGAGGCAGCACUGGGUAUGCACUCCUAUGAGAUGGGGAUGAACCACCUGGGAGACAUGACAUCUGAGGAAGUGGCUGAGAAGAUGACUGGCCUACUGGUCCCAAUGGAUCAGGAGCAUAGUUUCACCAUGGCAUUUGAUGAGUCCGUGUCCAGACUUCCCAAAACCGUCGACUACCGCAAGAAGGGCAUGGUGACCUCAGUGAAAAAUCAGGGUUCUUGCGGCUCCUGCUGGGCCUUUAGUUCUGCCGGGGCGCUUGAAGGCCAGCUAGCCAAGAAGACGGGUCAGCUCAUUGACCUCAGUCCUCAGAACCUGGUGGAUUGUGUUAAGGAGAAUGACGGCUGCGGAGGAGGAUACAUGACCAACGCCUUCAACUAUGUGCAGGAAAACGGAGGUAUCGACUCUGAGCAAGCCUACCCAUAUGUCGGACAGGACCAGCCCUGCCGCUACAACUCAUCAGGCAUGGCAGCCCAGUGCAAAGGUUACAAGGAGGUGCCGAAAGGUAACGAGCGUGCCCUGGCCGUCGCGCUCUUCAAAGUGGGCCCUGUGUCUGUUGGCAUCGACGCCACCCAGCCCAGCUUCCAGUUCUACCAGCGAGGCAUUUAUCACGACUCCAACUGCAACAAAGAGGACAUCAAUCACGCCGUUCUUGCAGUCGGUUAUGGUGUGAACACCAAGGGAAAGAAGUACUGGAUCGUCAAGAACAGCUGGGGAGAGACCUGGGGCAACAAGGGUUACGUCCUGAUGGCACGUAACCGUGGCAACCUGUGUGGCAUCGCCAACCUCGCCAGCUACCCCAUCAUGUAAACAGACGCAGUGCUGAAAAGAAGGGAGGACAAUACCAACUUGCUUGGACUUUUAAACACCACUACAACAAACGUCACCUUGAUUGCACUUCAUAGUUUUUGUGACACAUUGUGUAAAAACAGGACAAAGAAAACAUUGCUGGCCAAUGGAAGUUCCUCCCUUCCUGUGACCGUAGAGUCACUUCCCCUAAAUUUUCUUUUUUUCUCGUGAUCAAUUGUUUUGUUCUUUUGUUAUAGCACUUUUCUAAUGAUUAAAAGGCAAACUGAUGUUUUCUACUAAAAUAAAUAAAGGUUUAAGUUUGAAAUUUAAA